CCAGCCCGGCCACGUCUCUGCAUUGUUCGAGACGUAACACGCUGCGUAAGUAGGUGUGGCUUAGCUGUUGCAUCACGCGGAAGAAGGAAACUUCUGUGACCCUUCCUUCCGUACAAACACGCGGGUAAAACUCAGAGUCCCUAUCUCGUUUUUAUAACUUUCUUUUUAACUAAACGUGAACAGACCCAAGUAUCUCAUGUAAUAAAGUAGGUUAUUUUACGAUUAGGCGCGCGUGUUUCGCCUGGCAGCUGAAGUCGCACGUGGUGCUAAUCUCUGAACAGACUUAAGGCAAAAGCUUAUCGUCUGUUUUCCGCCUCCAAAGAACAAGAACAUCCCUUUCUCCUGUCAUAAAUAAAGAUAUUCUCGGAGACGAGACUCCGCUCUGAGAUGGAGAAGCAGCCUUUGCCAACCGAUGACGACAGACCAGGAGAGUCGGAGCUUGACAUCUAUGUUCAGGACAGGCAGCAGGUCUCCUCUGAACCUGCCUCUCGAGCAGGGUGGAACAGUAAAAUAGAGUACUUUUUGGCUCAAGUGGGAUUCAGUGUCGGACUGGGCAACGUCUGGAGGUUUCCGUAUUUGUGCCACCAGAACGGAGGAGGAGCUUUCCUCCUCCUCUACGUUCUGCUGAUGCUGGUUGUUGGGAUUCCCCUCUUCUUCCUGGAGCUGGCAGCCGGCCAGGCCAUCCGACAGGGCAGCAUCGGAGUGUGGAAGUCCAUCUCGCCGAGGCUCUCAGGCAUCGGCUACUCCAGUUGUGUGGUUUGUUUCUUUGUGGCACUCUACUACAAUGUGAUCCUUGCAUGGAGUCUUUACUAUUUUGGGAACUCGUUCCAGUCCCCGUUGCCUUGGGAGAACUGUCCAGUGCAGGGAAAUACAACAGUGACAGAAUGUGAGAAAAGUUCUCCCACGUCUUAUUUCUGGUACCGCAAAGCUCUGGACAUCACAGACUCGAUCGACGAGGUGGGCUCCUUCAACCCGUAUGUUGUCGGCUGUCUGUUUGCAGCGUGGACCAUUGUGUGCCUGGGAAUGUUCAACGGAAUAAAGUCUUCUGUGAAGGUGAUGUAUUUCUCCUCCAUCUUUCCUUACGUGGUGCUUUUCUGCUUUCUGGUGCGAGGAUUUAUGCUGGACGGAGCUUCAGAAGGGAUCGCCUACAUGUUUUACCCCAAGCUUGAAAUCUGGGGAGAUGUGCAGGUGUGGCGGCAGGCAGCCACACAGGUGUUCUUUGCUCUGGGCCUCGGCUUUGGAUCCAUCAUCGCCUACUCGUCCUACAACCCUAAGAACAACAACUGCCAUCGCGAUGCCUUCACCGUCUCCUUCAUAAACUUCCUCACGUCUGUGCUGGCCACUCUGGUGGUGUUUGCCGUGCUCGGCUUUCGUGCAAAAGAAAUUGUCAUGGCAUGCGUGCUYAGUAAUGUAAAGAAGUUGUCGGAGCUCAGUUUGGAUCCAAGCUUGAUGCCCAACUUCAACUACUCUGAUCCCAAAUCAGUGAGUCUUGAGGUCUACACUGAGUGGUUUCAACAGAGUGGAAAUGAGAACCCAUGGAAUCUAACUGAGUGUGACCUGGAAAAAGAGAUGCAGAAGGGUGUUGAGGGGACAGGUCUGGCUUUCAUCGCCUUCACAGAGGCCAUGACCCUCCUGCCUGGAAGCCCUUUCUGGUCUGCCAUCUUCUUCCUUAUGCUGCUCAACCUGGGCCUGAGCACCAUGUUUGGAACCAUGGAGGGCAUCCUCGCCCCCCUCAGGGACCGCUUCAAGUGUCUGGCUAAAAAUAAGAUCAAACUCACAGUUGUCAGCUGCGUCAUCGGCUUUCUGAUCGGCCUCAUCUUCACGCAGCGCUGUGGGAACUACUUUGUCACCAUGUUUGAUGAUUACUCCGCGACUCUUCCGCUCAUCAUUGUUGUGGUGUUUGAAACCUUCAGCGUGUCGUGGCUUUAUGGAGCCGACAGAUUUCUUGACGACAUCGAGGCAAUGCUGGGCUGGCGCCCCUACGCCGUUUAUAAAUACCUGUGGAAAUACGUCUGCCUGUUGGCUAUGCUGGGGCUGCUUGGAGCGACCGUCAUCCGCAUGUUUAUAAAAACUCCAACCUACAGGGCUUGGAACCAGGAAAACCAGGAACUGGUGAAUGUUGAUUAUCCUGGCUGGGCCCUGGCUGUUCUGUCUCUACUGAUCAUAUUUGCCAUGCUGCCCGUCCCUGUGGGGUUCAUCUACUCCUACGUGAAGGACAGAAGAGAACCAAGAAGCAGAGACACAGAGGCCGGUCACUACAACAUCGUAAACACAGACGAAACUCCGAUGACUGACAUGUCAGAGCAGGAUCACAGAAACGGGUUUGCAGUUUCUGAUUCCUUACCACUGGAUUCAGCAUAAAGUGAAACAUGACCUGAAACAUGCAGUAAAAUAAUAUUUAAAUGGUCCAGUUUACCAGAUGUCCUUCAGCUUUUACCACACAUGUGAGUGAAAAGCUUAUUUUUUUAAUAUUUAAAAAAAKAAUUUAAUUUAACUUAUAUCCAUGCAUAUCCCAAGGAUAAUAGUUUUCCUAAAUUUUAUUGUUUUUUCACUAAACACAACUUUUCUGCAUCAAAGCAAAAACAGAUCUGGAACAAAAUAUUAGUGGUGUCCCGAUACCAGCAUUUUUAUAAGUAUUUAUACUCGCCCAAAGUGCUCCGAUACCAGUUUCUAUACCGGUUUGCUGGUGUCGAUACUUCAUCGAAUGUUUUACAGUUUAUAUUUCAGUUCCAUGUUUAAGAAAGUUUUACAAGUUGAUAGAAAAAAAUCUGUUAUUKAUUUUAAUCUGUUGCAGCAGUAUAUAUGAUGCUGUGUAUUUGAUUUGAUCUAGUCCGAGGGGCUGUGGGCCUAUAAGUGUUUAUAAAGUCAUUCUGUAAUGUUUAGGUUUUAAGUAGGGAUGCACCGAUAUGAAAAUUUCAGCUGAUAUCGAUAUCCGAUAUAAUUAGUGCUGUUAUGACCGUUAAACGAUAUUUACUGAUAUAGCACAAACAAAUUAUAUUAUACAUAUACACACAAACACACUUGGGUCUUUUUUGAUACUGUAAAUAAACAACCAGACC